CGCUGGGAGCGAGAUGGCGGCGCCGCAGCCGGAACCGGGUCGGUGCGCGUACUUCGUAGCGAGGAAGAAGCGCUUCUGCAGGAUGGUCCCGGCUCUCGGGAAGCGCUUUUGCGGGGAGCACGGGCACCAGGAGAAAGAAAAUGACAGAAAAAGAAUUCCAUGUCCUCUUGAUCCAAAACACACUGUAUAUGAAGACCAGCUACAAAAACAUUUGAAAAAAUGCAAUUCAAGAGAGAAGCCAAAACCAGUCUACUUUGUUCAAGAUAUUAACGCAGGUUUUAAAGAUGUAGCAGAAAUACCAGAAAAACAAGUAACACUCUCUUCCCUAUCCAAAGAAGAGCUAGAGAAUUUAAUUAUCAAGUUGAAAAAAGCAAGUAAUGGUCUGGAACUCGACCUUAAGGAACAAAUACUGUCUCACAAGGCUUUACAUGAAGCCUUAAAUGACCCAAAGAAUGGGGAAUCUGCUUUUAAACAUUUGAAACAACAGGCUUCCAUUUUAGGUAACAUGGAAAAAUUACAUUUGCUUGGUCCAGGAAGAUGCUUUAUUGAAUUUGGAGCUGGGCGAGGAAAGCUGUCUCAUUGGGUUGAUGUUGCCUUACAGGAUGUUGAAGAUACUCAAUUUUUGCUUGUGGAAAGGGCAACUACAAGAUUCAAGGUGGAUGGAAAACAUAAAAAGAGAGAUUCUGUAUUUGAAAGGCUCCAAGUUGAUAUUCAGCACUUAUGUUUAAAUAAGGUACCUAGUUUAGAGAAGAAAAGACUACCUGUGGUAGGAAUUGGGAAACAUUUGUGUGGGGCUGCCACAGAUCUCGCUUUGAGAUGUUUGGUUGAAAGCUAUGCAACUUGCUGUGGAGGAGAAAAUGAAGAGCCUGCAGCAAAACGUCCUAAGAAUAAGACGGAAGUGGCUGUUAAGAGUUCAGCUGAUAAUGAAAGGAACAAAGAUGACUUUAAGCCUGUAGCUGGAAUUGUUAUUGCACUAUGUUGCCAUCACAAAUGUGACUGGACACACUAUGUAGGCAGAGAGUUCUUCAAAUCAGUAGGACUUGGACCAGUAGAAUUUCAUUAUUUUCAGAGAAUGAGUAGCUGGGCCACUUGUGGCAUGCGAGAAACCAUAACCUCUACUAGUGAAGAUCACACUAACAACACAGAAGAACAUGACCAACCAUACAGCAAAACAGAGAGUGAUUUUGACACUCUGCAAGGGCUACCAGUUGAAGAGCGAAAGGAGAUUGGUGCCCUCUGUAAACUGCUGAUUGAUCAUGGACGGAUCAGAUAUUUACAACAACGAGGAUACAGGGCUGCACUACACCAUUACACAGAGUCUGCUAUAUCCUUGGAGAACGUCCUGUUGACAGCUGUCCCAGAGCCAACUACAUGACAGGACAGACAUUUGGAAUUGGUAGAAAAACUAAAAUCUAUCUAGAUCACUUAGAAAGCAGAUUUAGUGCUUACAAAAAAAAACCUGUUUUAGUCUUUCCUCUACUCAGGAAACGGUUUUACAGUUCCCAGUUUCACUUGGAAUUACAAGCACACAAACCAGUUCUCAUUACUGGAAAAAAAAUCCCUAAGAAUACUUGAAACUGGUUGUAGGCCUCAUUGUUAGGAAGAAGUAUAUUCAGUAUUCUCUUCUACUCAGUUACAUUCUUUAAUCAUUAGCAGUUACGAUAGAAGAAGGACCAGAAGUGCAACUCUCCAAAUUUCCUGAAAGACAAUAGGUUAAAAUAAGAGAAAUGAACAUAGUUUAUUUUCAGUUUGAAGUUCAGGAUAGCUUUGUAUUUUAAGUAGGCCAAAGUACUUGUUUCAUCAGCUCAUGCUGAUAAUGGAAUUCAUUAAGGAAUAAAAUUCAUUUUUAAACUGUC